CUAAAGAAAUAGUGGGGAAUAUUAAAAAUAGCUCAUUAUCAACUAAUAAAUUUAUUUCACAUUUAUAAUAAUUCCUUUAAAUAACUAAUAUAUAUUAAGUUAAACCAAUCAAUUAGUAUACCUCAAUUAAUAUUGAAUGAGGCCUGGAAAAAGUUUAUAUAAUGAAUCACACUAAUCAUAACUGCAAUAUAUUUACGAAAAUAACCACUUAUAAGUUUCUGAAAAAAUGAAAUUAAAAAAUUAGAAAUUAAUGCAAGGGCCAGUUCUUAAACUCAGCUCGAGCCUCAUCGAUGCCAUCGCUUAGGAUUUUGAGACGGUCCGUUGCCAUCGAUCAGCUCAGCGCUGAGUUUAGGAACUUACCCCACCAUUUAACUCCAUCUACGUAACCUUCAUGUGGUUACCCAAGAAAUUGUGGUCCUUCCCGGGUUCUGAAAUGUUUGUUUUGUAGGAUUCUUUCUAAUAUUUAUAUACUGGACCAAUGGUAAUAAUUUAAAUAUGGCUUUUAAUUUUGGUACUACUCCUACUUUUGGUACUUCUACAACUACUGCUUCCUCUUUUGGUUUUGGCACCAACACAACUGCUUCUAAACCUGCCACUGGAUUUGGCACAACAAGUUUUUCUUUUGGAACCGCAUCCACUGGUACAACUGGCUUUGGAACCACUACUACCACAACUGCACCUGGCUUUGGGGGAUUCGGUACUACCUUUGGAACUGCUACAACACAGCAGCCUAACUUUGGUUUUGGUACUCCAUCUGCAGCAACGACAACAGCUAGUACUGGAUUUGGUGGUUUCGGAACAUCCACUUUUGGCACCGCAACCACUACAACUCCUUCUUUAUUUUCUGGUUUUGGUCAGUCGAAUACUACUCCAUCAACAGGGUUUGCAAAUUUUGGAACUAAACCAAUUGGAACUGGUUUUGGGUCUGUUACUAGUACUGGAAUAGGUUCUGGAGGUCUUGGAAGUGGUUUAACACAAGUUGCUCAGCAGCCUCAGCAGAGCUCCUCAGAACUAGAAGUUGUUCUUAACUCCGUCUAUAAUUGCUGCAUGUUUGGUGAUGAAAGAGAUGAAGUAUUGGCUAAAUGGAAUCUUCUUCAAGCAUCUUGGGGAACCGGGAAAGGUUUUUACAAUCCAAACGCACCACCAGCUGAAUAUACACCACAGAAUCCAUUUUACAGAUUUAAAGCCAUUGUUUACAGUGUAAAACCAACAGUUGAACCGAGAGAUGGUUUUGUUGCUUUACAGUUUAAUAAAAAAGAGGAGGAAAUAAGGAAUCAGGACCAACAGCUUGGUCAGGGAUUGGCUGCUAUUUUCGGUCUCAGUCAGCGACUCAAUCUCACUCUACAUGUUGACACUAUUCGACCCAUUUCUGCAUCUUCUACUCUUGUAUUUAUUUUUAUGGAAGAAAAGAGUAGCAAUGGUCAAAUUAAAAGGAUUUCUAACCAAGAGUUGGCUAGUUUCCUGCUGCAACCAACGCAAGUUAACCAGUUGAAGCAGAUGGGUGUGACAGACUGUUACCCUUUCAGUUGCCCUGAUAAGGAUCAGAUUCAGGAGUACCUAGAUAACUCUCCAGCUGGAAUUGAUCCUUUGAUGUGGAAACAAGCCCAAGCUGACAACCCCGAUCCUGUUAGAUUGAUUCCUAUGCCCCUCCUGGGUUUCAGUGAACUGAGGUGGAGGUAUCAUUGUCAAGUUGAAGAAACAAAAAGGCAUACAGCUUUCUUAGACAGUGUAGCAGAAGAGAUACUGAAAAUUAAAUCGGCAAACGAGGCAGCUCGAUUGAAAAUAAAUGAAUAUAAACAAAAAGUUAUAGAACUUGAGCACAGGGUACUUGAGGUGAUGGUAAGACAGCAAAUUGCUCGUAAUUUUGGGGUUGCUUUGAGACCAGAAGAAGAAAUGCUAAGAAGCCAACUUGAUGCUGUACAGUCACAGUUAAGCUCCCCUCAGUUUGCUGGAAGGCUCUCUGAAUUGCAGACACAGGUUAGACUUCAUAAACAAGAAGUUUCACAACAAUCUUCAGAUAAUUAUAACAUGAACCCUGCUGUAAAAGAUGAAAUAAAACAGUUCUUAUUAAUGCAGCAAGAUGCUAUCAAAUCAGUGUUGGAUAUAAUGCAGAAUGAUGAAGCUGAUCUAAAAAUAUUAGAGAAUGAUUUGUCAAAGUUCAGAUCCAGGAUCAGUGCAAAUGUUUGACAUGUUUUGUAUUCCCAUUUUCUGAAAGAUGUGCCUCUUCCUACUACUUCCAGAUAUUAGCCAGUUUAUAAUUUUUUCAUCUCAAAAUAAUUUCCAUUGUAUAACAUUCAAUUGUACAUAUAAUUCUUUACCUGAUGUAUAUUGAUUUAUGAUCUCAUCAUGAUGAAAUGAUGAUUUGUGUAAUAAUUAUAGGCUAAUUACAAAUCGGGUUCCUUGUUAAAUAUAUUUAAUUGUACUACUUACACCAGUGGUGUAAUUCAUUAUUGUAUUGUAAAAACAAAUGAUUUUAUUCCAAGAUAAAAUAAUAUUAUUUAAUUUAAGUUAAUUAGUCAUGUACAUAUAAAUUUUAAUACUACAAUUUUGUAAUAUUCUUU